CGUGGCGGGGCGGGACCCGCCCGGAGCUCCAGCGCGCACUCGCCAGCCCGAGCGGUAGUAAAAAAAAAAUGUCUGAUGAUGCUGGUGACACUUUAGCCACGGGAGACAAAGCAGAAAUUACUGAGAUGCCCAACAGCGAUUCUUCCCCUGAACAUGCAGAGGUGCCCUGUGAUUCGGCGAGGACUUCAAAUGAGCCAACCCUGGCUGACCCCGGAGGUGAGGUGCAUGAAAGUGCAGCCAUUCGGGGUACAGAGACUGAUGACACUGGGCACCCUGAGCAGCCCCAAAACCCCAGUGCCAUGGACCCCCCACUCAAUGGAGAAGUGACUGAGGAUGUGCUUGCUGAAUGCAUUGACGCUGUCAGCCUCGAGGCAGAACUUGGAUCCGAAAUACCCCUGAGAGAACAGAAUAAUCCGGCUAUGGAUCCCCCUCCACACGGAGGGGCGUGGGCAGGCUGGGGCUCUUGGGGCAAAUCUCUGCUGUCGUCCGCAUCUGCCACAGUAGGUCACGGACUGACAGCGGUCAAGGAAAAAGCAGGGGCCACUCUACGGAUUCAUGGCGGGAAUUCCAGCUCCUCAGAGGGGGCCCAACCUGACACAGAGAAUGGCGCCCCUCAAACAGAUGCAGCCGCAGACCAGAGCCCCACGGAAGGCCCACCCACUUCCCCCUCAGCGGGGUCUCGGGGCAUGCUGUCAGCCAUCACCAACGUGGUUCACAACACAGGGAAAAGCGUCUUAACGGGCGGGCUUGACGCCUUGGAGUUCAUCGGCAAGAAAACCAUGACUGUGCUGGCGGAGAGCGACCCCGGCUUCCGACGGACCAAGACGCUCAUGGAGAGGACCGCUUCCUUGUCGCAGAUGUUACGGGAGGCCAAGGAGAAAGAGAAGCAGAGACUGGCGCAGCAGCUCCCGGCCGGGAGGACUGCCCACUACGGGAUGCUAUUUGACGAGUAUCAAGGUCUGUCACACCUGGAAGCUCUGGAAAUUCUGUCCAAUGAAAGUGAAAGCAAGGUUCAGUCAUUUCUGGCAUCAUUUGAUGGAGAGAAGCUGGAGCUCUUAAAAAAUGACCUAAUUUCCAUUAAAGACAUCUUUGCAGCCAAAGAGAUGGAGAAGGAAGAGAAUCAAGAAGAGCAAGGCUCAGAAGAAAAGGGAGGAGAAUUUGCUAGCAUGCUUACAGAGCUUCUCUUUGAAUUACAUGUUGCAGCCACGCCUGACAAACUCAACAAGGCCAUGAAAAAGGCCCGUGACUGGGUGGAAGAUGACCAACCCAUCGUGCCAGUAGGUGUGACGGACGAGGCAGAGGAGAAAACUAAGGAGGGAGAAGAGGGAGAGAAACCGGAAAACCCUGAAGAAGACAAAAAGGAAGAAAGGAGAACUAAAACCGUGGAGGACGUGUACAUGCUGUCCAUCGAAAGCCUGGCAGAAGUCACAGCACGCUGUAUUGAGCAGCUGCAUAAAGUAGCAGAGUUAAUUCUUCAUGGGCAAGAAGAGGAAAAGCCAGCUCAGGACCAAGCAAAAGUUCUGAUAAAAUUAACUACUGCAAUGUGUAAUGAAGUAGCCUCCCUAUCAAAGAAGUUUACAAAUUCCUUAACCACGGUUGGGAGUGACAAGAAGGCUGAAGUCCUUAACCCCAUGAUCAAUAGUGUGUUGUUAGAGGGCUGCAAUAGCACGACAUACAUCCAGGAUGCUUUCCAGCUGCUGCUGCCUGUUCUGCAGGUUUCACACAUCCAGGCCAGUUGUUCAGAAGCACAGCCAUGAGCUGGCUGGCCAGACCCCGUUCAAUUAGAGGAAACAGCAGGCCAUGUUGCUCUGAUAUACGUAUCAUUGAAGGUGAUGUCUUCCACGCAUCUGGCCACAGACACCCAUUUGAGGACACUACAAGCAAUUUUGCACAGACAGUAUUGAGAAUGCAAGUUUAAAGAGAAGAUCACUUCUCUUCAUGUAUAGGGUUAUUUUACAAGUAAUUGUGUUUUCUUGGUGUUAAUUUAAAUGUACACAGCUUUGUAUUGAUAAUUUUCUUUCAUCUGAAAUUCAUUCACAAAUACUGCCAUUUUCCUGGUCAGGCAUGCUAUACUUGGAGAUUCGUGGGCAAACCUUAUACUUUUUUUUUAAUCCUUUAAAUUUCCACCUUUAAAUUUUCUAUUCUUAGAGUACUACUUUAAGUCAACUCCUAUACUGAACUUAGUUUUGUUACAUAAAUGUCAUGGACAAAGAUAACACUACUUACAGAUUUAGCUAUAAUAAAGGGAAACAUAAGUAUCUCUUUAGAGCCAUUCCUUCUUGAAACAAGCAUUUAUUGACUUCCUCCUGUUUGUGCACAAUAGAAAAAUAUGAUCUCACUUCACUAAAAACAAGUAUUCUGAAAGAGGGUUUAUAUAAUUCUUAAACUGCAUUAAAAUACUAAUAAAUUUUCUUAAGCCUUGAAAUAUUUGAAGAACAAGGUACAUUCAUGGUUUUAAAAACAUCUACUCUUCAAUUUAUUGUAUUUUCCCACCCUUUCUUAACUCUAUCCCAAACUUUGUUUAGAGUAUGAAAAUAUGUAUGAAAGAGGAUUUAGUUUAAAAUUGACUCCUUAUGACCAUAAAUACACGAUAGCACAAUUACAAAUCUUGGAAGUGUUCAAAUAGAAAAUCAAAGGGGUUUCGACUCAGUAGACUCCUAGGACUGCAUUUUUAAAUCUACUGUAGCUGAAUCAGGCUGUUUUAUGAAUGCACAGAUCAUUCUCACCAGUAGCAAACAUCAUCAGUGCUGCUAAGGGGCCGAAAAUGCUGGUGUGUGGGUUGCCUGACUGGUAUAUUGAUCCAGGGAGGGCUGGACAGAAGAGCCUGCAGCCAGGAGAGGCAUUGUCCACGGACACUUCUCUUCCUGAAGGCCCCAUGCUUGCCCUGGGUGGGGUGCCCUAUCUUGUUUCUCUCUCAGAUGCCCCUACAGGCAGUUGCAAGAUGUCUCUCCCAGGGGCUCUCUUUAGGACAAAUAAAGCCUAUACUUUCCCCAAGCGUGGGAAAUCCCCCCUUUGCAUUUGCUUUUAUUCCCCUGAUGGAGUAAGACUGCCUUCGUUCCACAAGGCAUUUCCUUUGUCUGUGUUGUGUAUUUCACUGGUGUGAACCCUGAAAUGGCCAGAUAGGAAACUUCAAAACAAUUUAUUUACAGUCUGGAAAAACACCAUUCAAGGAGUCAAUUAAAGAUUUUUUCACUGCUUUUUGAUUGCCUGAAAUGUUCCUGCUAUUAAAUCUAGAAGAAAUUAACUAAUGAAAAUGUUCUACCUCUUCAGAAAUUUUAGACUUUUUAUGUGUGGAGCAGAGAGGAAAGGACUUGCACAAUUUCUUCACAUCAGAUUUUUUUAGCAUCGGGUAGAUUUAUAGACAUUCACUGGAAAUGCCAAAGAAACAAAUCAUUUCAAGGAAGCUAGAUUUCCAGAAUUAGACUUUAACCCUAACUGCACCCAUUUAGUGCAUACCAAAAUUUUAGUCAUAAAAUAAAAUAGAAACCUGUAGAAGAAUGAGAUAAUUAUUCUUUUAGAAGUGGGUGACAUCGUUUAUGUUGCGUUUUCAUGUGUUUUAAUUGAAUAUUGAAAGUUGCCAGGUAAAGAUAUGAGCUGAGAGAUGAUCCCCAGGGCUAGCUUCAUGGCCUGUGAACUAAAAGAGAAUACUCAGUCACUAUAUAUCCACCAUCCAGGAUUUCUCCUUUUCAGUACUGUGUUUUCACCAUCACUUUAAAUAAUUGCUUCUUUGCUUUGCUUUAAAAGCUGGCAAAGCACAGGAUACCAAUCUGGGCAAAACGUUGGGCAGUUACUGAAUGAAUGAUUUAGCAGGCUUACUUUGAAAGCUUUCUAUUCCUUCAAUAAUCCUGUAUAUAAAUUGGGUUCAUUUCACUCUGUGCAAUUACCCUGAACAAGCGUGCCAGAUUUUUCUUCCAUCGAGUGCAAAAUAAGUUCUAGUGUAAAUAAUGAAUGUAGCUCUGUGCCUGUGCCUUAUUAAAUAAAAAGCAUCAAAAGCCUAUUUCAAACUCAAAGCAAAAAUGUGUCCAAGGAAAAUUCCUUCAGGGUAUUGAUACACAUGCUGCUAAAGGGCGAGAUCGAGGCCCAAAUCUGAAAGCAGGGGUCUCGUCUUAAACAGCCUCUCCUCCUGAGAACAGAUGUCUCUCUUUUCUCUGGGUCUCACACUGGGCUGCACUUCAAGUGCAUGGUUAAAUGAGUGGUGUGAGUAGCUGGAGGCAGUGGCAGGGCUGAGCUGUGUUCCUUAUUCCAACUCAGGAACCAGGGACCUGAGCUGCCUUCACAGGAGAUGAAAGAAGCCCCGGCCUCAGGCAGCCUGAAGGGAAGUGCUGAGUACUGGGUAGAUAUCGGAACCCAGAAAUGACAGCAUUUCUGUCUAGAAUUCAGCUGCCCCAGGUGCUCACCUGUGGGGAAAGUCACCUUCAACACAGGCAGCCAUGCUCACUUCAGUUAGAAACAAAAGCAGGCAGAUUCUAAUGACAGUCAUCCCAGAAGUCCAAAACGUAAUGUGUCUUAGGGAAGUAAUUUAGCAAAAAUGUGAAAUAAACAUAUUUCUCUCCUCCCCCCCCAAAUAAAUGUGUACACACUUUAUGUACGUGUGUGUGUGUGCGGAACAGGUGGGGUAGAGCAUAAUACAUGACUUCAGUCUCUAUUUAAUUUUAUAAAAGCAAUUGCUCUUCGGGGUUAAGGUAACUUUUAUAAUGUAAAAAUUGCCCUUUGAUCUUCCUCUCAAGUGUGCCCUACAUUUUUAUAUUCAGAUCCAGCUCCAACUUGGUACUUAAAUCCUCGUGUUUCUAUAGGCGCAUCAGAAGGAAUCAUCCUGAAAAUUCCUCCGAGAACUGUAAUUUUGCCCAGUUUUUGUAGUUGAUUAGAAUAAGGAAAGCUGUAGGAGUGGAUUCAGACAAAAAAAAUAAACUUUUGUUAACCAUUUGUUUCAUUUUCCUAGAGAUCUUAUUACUUAUUCAGGUUUAUGUUCCUUUUCCACAUGCUCAUCUAUAAUAGGUGCUCCAUUCAAUAUCUGCAAAUAAACAAA